UUUGGAAAUCGAGUAGGCCGAAAGAACAGAGUUAAGCGUUUUAUGUAUUACGCAAAUCAUUUCGGGUGCUCGCCAGCCGGCUCUGCGCCCACGCGCCAAAAAUCGCGGGGGCGCGUCGAGGCUUCUACGCGUGCUUAAACUAAAACGCGCGCGCAGACCGCAUGAUACACACGCCUCGAUAAAAAAACCUAAUAAAAAAAGUACGAAAAAAAAAAAACAAAACAAAAUCUCGCGCGUAAAAAGUGUAGUGAUUCGAAUUUCGAAAUUUGAAUAUUACUGCCAGUGUUGCGUUACCAUAGACUUAUCGAUGGCCGAUUUAGUUUAUGAAUGAAGUGUAAAAGGAAGUGACGUCAUGAAUAGUGUUGUGACUGUGCCAAGUUUAGUCGAACGGGCGCCGAUUUGUUGACAAUGAGUGGACAUUAGAGCGGAAAGAAUGUGGUUAGUGGGUGGAAUGGCGGUUCUGUGCGCGGUCUCCCACGUUACCGCCCAGUUCAGAUGUCCAGGUUUGAGCGCCAGACCAGCAGCCGAGUGCUCCUGCGAUUUACCACACACGCUGCGGUGCGCAGGCGACCAUACCGCCUUACAGAUAAUCGGCCAUCAUUUACGAGAACAGAAAGCUAGAAACAAGAACACAGCUGUAUCGCUUCUAGAUGUGGCGCUUCGAGGGGUAUCAGCGUUGACUGCAUCAUCUGUGGCGGAAUUGGCUGGCGUGGGUUUGCAUGGACUUGUGAUAUCUUCGGGCGAUAUACGAAGGGUGCAGCAAGGAGCUUUUCUUGUCGUUUCCAGCACUUUAUUAGCUUUAGGUCUACCCAACAAUCAGCUGCCGACAGUACCGACAGAAGCCAUAGUGAGAUUGUGGAAUUUGGACCGAUUGGACUUGUCUAACAACAAGAUUCAUACGUUAGACUCUAAUUCUUUUAAGGGUAUCCGCAACCUGACUUACCUGGAUAUCAGCGACAACCAGUUGACAGACAUAUCGUCAGACGCGUUCAGACCACUCAUUCGGUUGUCAGUGCUUCGACUGAGAGGCAAUUUGCUGAAAGUGUCUGCACUUGCAGCUUUAAAGGCAGUCCAUUACCUCCGAGACGUGGACCUCUCCAGCAACGCGUUAGAAGGUCCACUCGGACCCUCAACAGUUCCCGCUCUCGACAGCCUCACUAUACUACAACUGUCCGAUAACACUUUUGCUAGUAUCAGGAGAGGAGCUUUAUCAGGUCUUCCAAAUCUGACGAGUCUGAAUCUCCACAACAACCAGAUAGACGUUUUGGAAGACUACGCAUUCAAACACCUCUCUAACUUGACACAUUUGGAUUUGUCACACAACGAGAUUGUUGCCGUAUCUGGCGCCUCCCUUGCUCAGCUUACAAACUUGGAACACUUGGAUCUUUCGCACAAUUUUCUUCGCUCGCUCUCAGCGGAACCGCUUAAAUCUCUCGGACACCUGAGCGAGUUGUUACUCCACGAUAACGAUGUAUCGAUGAUUGACGACGGCGCAUUGGCACAGCACAAGGACCUUAGACGAUUCACUAUUGAAGAUAACCCACUCAAUUGCGACUGCCUCAUGGCUGGGUUUGCAAGAUGGCUUCGUGAAGCGAAAAAUUUGUCACAAUCUGAUAAAUCCGUAGCCGUCUGCGCAACACCUCCUCAUUUAGAAGGUGCCUUACUAUCCAGACUAUCCAAGAACAAGUUAUGUGAUGAUAUUGAACAUACUGAUAAGAAAGAAGUCAUAACGAACAUGAUAGAUGAUAAGGAUGAAGUGGAUCUGUAUGCUGAUAAAGAAGGCUUAGAUGAUGAUCUGUAUGAUGAAGAGAUGGAGGUACCUUCAGAAGAUGAGCUGCCUACGUCUAAUUCACAGGUUCGUCUAACAGACGCAUGGUACGACGAGGAAGUUGUCCAUUUGACCUGGUCUGUGGACCCCCCUUCUACCCAUCGCUACAGGUGUACAGGGGUCACUGUAUCGCGACCCGGUGGUCUCACCAAACAUGUCGCUUGUCACAGAGCGGGACCUUCCAAUGUGGUGCUAAGGGGGCUGAAGAUCGAUCCUUUAGAGCAAUACACAUUCUGUAUAGCUUUGGAAGAGAUGGAUCCCUCAGAUAUUCCUCUCUCCCUGGUACUGGGUUGCGGGACUCCUUCAAUAUUCAGGCAGAGGGCCACCUUUGCAACAGCAGUACCUAUCGUUGUCACACCGGCUGUUGAGACUGAACCGUAUAGGGUAACAGAGGUCCGUUCAAACGUCACCAGCGACGGUCUCCUGUCAGUUUUAGUAUCAGUCAUGGGUCUUCACCACCGAUCUUUCGCCUCGCAGCGUUCACAACGCCUAUCAUCCGACUACCCGAUAUACAAUUGCUAUGUAGUCAUUGCAGUUCUAUCCAGAGGAUCUUUAGUUGCCCAAAAGGAUACUCCAUGCCUGUCUACUCUUCAAAUCACUAUGGAAGGCCUGAUCAGAGGCCCUUAUGAAAUCUUAUUCACAAGAUGUCAGUUGACCCGUGAAUUAUUGAAAAACAAUUACCCAAGGACGUUCCUCAGUAAUUGGGUAUGCCUGAUCGAGCAACAGAGCGAGCGAAACACUUCAGCUUUAAUAACUAAAUCUCCAAGAAGGAAAUACUAUGGACUAUUCCAGAUAGGAAGCGAAUGGUGCAAGGAAGGUCGGAGAGGGGGCAAGUGUGACAUUUCGUGCGAAGCCCUCCUCGACGACGACAUAAAAGAUGACAGCACGUGUGCUCUGAAGGUGUUUGAGCUGGAAGGCUUCAAGUACUGGUCCAAAUGGGAGGCCAGGUGCAAGGGCCAGAUGUUGCCAGACAUCGAGAAGUAA